AUGAGAAGUACAUUGGUUUAUAUUUUAAUAAAAUGUGCUUUUAUUGGCAGUUUUGCGAAAAAUGACGGAAUUACAUCGGGGAGAAGCCAGGUCACUCUCACUAAUCAAUAUUUUGAAAAAGAAGCCAAAAAUGAUAUUGAACACGUUCUAUCAGCUGGCAAAGAUGCUGAAAAUCAUAUAUUUGAAGAUGAAUAUGAUGAUUACGAAAAAGCAGCAAAAACAUACACACCUCAAAGCAAUUAUCGAAAGCCAGACGUAAUUUUAGAUAAUUUACAGGAAAUGCUAAAACAUCUGCAAUUACAAAAACGUGUUCGUACACCCCUUAUACUGCAUAAACUUAACAAAAGAUACCUCAGAAAGGAAAAUAAAGCAGAUUCGUUGAAUUCCGUUGAUACUAAUCGAUUGAUCGAAGCUAUGGAAAAACUAGUGAAUUCCGAGAACACCAAGUCUUUAAGAAAUUCAAAAGAUUUUGCUAAUAAUAAAAAAUAUUCUUUUAACAAGAAACAUUUAAGAUAUGCAGUGGAUGAUGCGGUUGAAACACCUGACGACCAUCCUGUAUUAAAAAUUUCUGAAGACAAGUAUAAUGCAAAGAAAUAUUCAGCCGAUAGAGAUGCAACAAAUGAUUCAGAUAAUACCGAUGACAAAAAAGAGGAAAAGCAAAGGCUUGAGAAGAAAUCCAGUCAUUUAAAAACUCUCUAUAAAUUGAGUAAACAAUUUGAACAUUUGCGUAAACAUAGUGACAAUAAACUUCAAAGUAAACCUAAAUCAUUUAAGGAUUUGAGAAGCAAUUCGAAAUUUUUGGACAUCAACAAGAAAGACCAACAACGAUUUAUGAAUUUGCUUAAAAAAAUAAUUAAAGUUAAAGGAAACUUAAGGAAUUUGCCUAAAACCUCAACUUACAACGAGAAACAACAAUCAAUUUUGCGCCGAUUGGGGGAUGCGCAAGACCGCCCCGCCAAACGAUAUAAAAGAUCCACAGAAGCAGGCUACACCCAAAACCCAGACACUUGCAAAACAUACAACGAUAACCUUGCACAACUGUGGAGCAACUUAUCAAAGCACCUUAACAUCACUGAACAACCCAACGAGAAGGCAUUACACAACAUAGCCAUCAUCAUACAAGCCUACUUGGAACAUCAGAACGCUAAACCGUCACCCGACAAUUACAAAGUCAAACAUGAAAGUAGGGACAAAAUAGGUAACGUUAUUGCCAAAAUUAGGAAACAGAUAGUUAAGGAUGAAGCUGAUACUGAUAAAAUAACACUAACAAUUACGAGUAACCUUGAGCCACGCUAUGAGGACAGCAAUAACGAAGACUGUGCACAAAUCAAUGAAGAAUACCUUAGAUUGUCAAUCGACAUACUGUAUAAAAGCUAUUUGGAAAAUACUGUUAAAUGUCUAGACGAUGAAGAUACAAUAGCCCAAGACAGUGAAUUCGGACGACGAAAACAGUCUGGAAGAGAUUUAGUAAUCAAUCACCCGCCUCUAGUAGACAUUGAGGAAAAUCCUGAUAUUAAAAACAUACUCAUUGAAGAUGAAUUAUACAAUGACUACCACAAAGGAAAAGUUCCAAGACAACUACCGAAUUCAAACAAAAACAGAAGAGUUAUAGAAAGAAGAAAAGAAAAUAAAAACGAUACAUCUCAUUCCAUACGCAGUUCAGAAAAUCAGAAGGCAGAAGAUAAAUUAAACCUACGUUCGAAAUCAACUCGAAAGCCUGCCACUAGGAAACUCAGUAGGAGUAGAUGUCAAAUGUCUGCUAUACGUAAAUUAUUGAUAUCACUGAGACCAGUCUUAGAACGAUUUAUGGGACUCCAGGAGUGUAAAGUUGAUAACACGAUGAGAUCAUUAAAUGAUGAUAAUAGACCAAAUAAUCGUUAUUAUUUACAUGCUUCUAAUUUUAUUCCUUCAGAAGACAGUCAAACUCAUAUCCAGGGUAUAGGUAGAAGUAAAUUAACGAGGAAAAACACAGAAGGUAGUAUACGUAAAUCACUAGUACACAAGAGUCAUGACACGGGGCAUGAAAAUGACAGAAAUGCACUUCGGCAUGAUACAAAAUUUGGCACUUCUUCCCAGAAAUAUAGACUAAGUCGAGUCAGAAAUAGACAUUCUGCAACACCUACAAUUGCCAAAAAUACCGAUAACCGAAAAUUACAAUCUGAUAUUAGUAAGGCAAAUGUUAACGAUGAAUACAACACGUACUAUGAACAAUAUUAUCAGUCAGUGCCGAUGUAUAACAAUUACGAUGCAACUUACAAAACAGAUAAUAAAAAUGCAUACCCAAUUAUGAUUAACCCCGAAGAGAUAUUAUCUUUUAAUAAUAAUGAUGAUGAUGAUAAAAUGACUGUAAGAACAAAACUCAUCAACAAAGAAAAAGGACAGAGAGGCGUAAAAGUCGAUUAUGAAGACUAUAUUUUAGAAUACGACUAUAUCCCCGUGACGGGAGAACCAUUAAGUGAUUUGGAUGAGUAUAAAGAAUACGCUCAAAACAUCGAUGCAAAAAGUAAAAUACAUGCCAAUAGAUAUGAAAGUAUGACGGAUUUUCUUAAGAGGGCACGUGACAGAUCACUUCAGGCGCCGGAAUUUGUUAUACCUUUUGCUCUAAAUACUAAUAAAGGGUACGUAGAACUGACACAUCUUGUAAAAUAUCCCAAAAUCCUUGUAUACCGUCCUCAGUUUAUAGUCAAAAACACUAUGCCAUACGACGAUUUCCUAAGGUCAAUGCACAGUUUUAAUCUGACUGGUGACGACACUCGUCUUUUGAAGAUAGUAAGGUAUUUGCCUGAUAACCGUGUUCAAGUACUAUUUGAGUCUGCAGAUUUUGAUACUCCAUUUGAGGUUCAAGAUCUUACCAGGGAAAAUAGAAAGAUCCGUUCAUCAGAUACUCUUAAAGCUUAUCGAUCACAAAAUUAUAAAGAUGAGGCUAAUGUAAAUGCUAAUGCAGAAUUUACUAAUGACGAAAGAAAAGAGAUCACCCCUACAUCUACAUCGAUAUUUUCAUCGUUUUUGCGCGAUAGCACUGGUGACAAGCUUGACGAGUCAGACAGGCAUGGCAAUAAGGAAUAUUUAUCGUCAAAUUCAGAUUCAAAGUCAAUAAGUUAUUCAUCCUCAAAUUCUGAAUCUAACGCCAAUCCCAUAUUUCGCAAUUCAAUGUUUUCGUUUUUGCGCGAUAGCAUUGGUGACAAGCUUGACGAGUCAGACAGGCAUGGCAGUAAGGAAUACUUAUCGUCAAGUUCAGAUUCAAAGUCAAUAAGUUAUUCAUCCUCAAAUUCUGAAUCUAACGCUAAUUCCAUAAGUCGCAGUUCAAUGUUCACUUCGUCUCCAACCAGUUCAAGUAUACCAUCUUCAAUUUUAGGCUUGGAUACUUUUAGUCGUGAGAGUUCAGAUUUUAGUUCCAGUAGUAAUCUAGAUUCAAAUUCAGGUUCCAUGAACCGCUUUGGUUUUUAUUUUAAUGCAGUAGCCAGGCCCGAAAUAAGCUCAACAACUCAAAGUUCUUCUUCACAAAAACCUCAAACAGAAUAUACUUACAACCCUGUACCUAUCAUUAACACUGGCUCGUCUAACACGAACCCAUUAACAUCUAUACUAUCAGAAUUUGAAUCAGCUUCAGACAUACCAAUUAAUGACCUAACGGGAAUUAAGAAAUUGCUUUCUCCAUCAUUUAAUUCCAAUCUUGUCUCUUGGUGGAAAACGUGGAAGGAUAAAGUUAUGAAGGAAAUGAAGAAAAUACUCGGGAAGGUGGAUUCUCUUGGAAACAAGUUGAAGUAUAUAGUUAAAGAAGCGGCCAACCCGACGCCAGACAAGAUACUUGAUGCUGUAUUUUAAAUUAUUUUAUACUGCAUUGGGUGGAGAGAAUGAUUUCACACUAAUGCGAUAAUUUUUCAUCAUCACAACAGCCAUUU